AAAAAGCUACAAGGGGCGGUCUAUAAAUAAAUAGCUGCACCUUUAUUUCGUCUUUGAUUUUUACUUUGUUGCUCCUUGCAAUCUUUUUCAUACCUUUUCCUGAAACAAUGAAUCAAAUUGGUGCAGAAAAUCAAACCUCCAUAACUAUUGAUGAUGCUAUGUCAGAAAGUAACGAGCUUGAUUCAUGUUACAAUUGUUUCCAGCAUUUUGUCACAAAUGGUUUCUCUAAAAUAGAUGAAUCAAGCUUUGAAGGUGAUAUAAUCAAAACAAGCUUUUUCUCUAGUUUAUCGCGAAAUCCGCAGAUCUCCUAUAGGACGAAAAUCGUGGCAAUCCAUAAGAAUUCCAACACUAGUCAGUGUUGGAAAAUUCGAGCACACAGUUUUGGUGUUUACGCAAAGGCGGUGGCUGAUACGCGUGGUGGAGAUGCCAAUAUCAAGUACGCUUGGUACGGUGCUUCCAAAAACGAGAUUUGCGAGACUGUGAUGUAUGGAUUUAGUUGGCGUAAACAUAGCAUCUCCGUGUCUCCUGCAAAGCAUGGUUUAGACAGUGUAUUGUGUUCAGGAGUGGAUGGAAGUGGCGUGAGGCAUUUGUUGCUAUGCCGAGUUAUAUUAGGAAAGCAAGAAGUGGUGAGGGAAGAUUCUAGUGAUCAGUUCCAUCCGAGUUCAAUGGAUUUCGAUUCUGCCGUAGAUGAUAUUUCAUCUCCUACCAGAUAUAUCAUUUGGAAUACGCACUUGAAUUAUAAUAUCCUCCCCUGUUACAUUCUCAGUUUCGAAGCUCCUCCUUACUUAAGCGGGUUAACAGAACCAAAAACCAUCAAGCCUAAAACGUGGAUAACCUUUGGCACAUUGAUCUCUAUACUUUCGCCCUUUCUAGAUCAUUCACAAAGGGCUUCCCUUGAAGAGCAGUAUACAAAUUAUCUGGAAAAAAAGAUUACAAGGCCGCAAAUGAUACAAAGAGUGAGAGCAAUAGCUGGAAACCAGUUGUUAUCUGCUGUUGUGAAACUGUACACAAACAAGAUCAAUUAAUAUGCAGGAAAUUCAAGUUAGCAGCAGCAACAGGGGUGAUGCAGCAGGCAGCGAGAUUGAUGAUGCAGCCCGAUUGUUGGGAACAAUUUAUAGUUCGAUGAUGCAGCCAGCUUAAUUAUCAAGUUCGAAUGAUGCAAGCAUGAUUGCUCGGAACAAUUUAAUAUUUAUGAUUAUGAUGGUAAUUUUUUCUAUUCUGUAAAAGAAAUGGUAAAUGUAACAUCAAUUAGAAGUCAAAGUUCAUUAAGUUGUGAAAUAACUUUGGGAGCCUUUCUCGAGA